UCACCCACUAAUCUGUUUCUCCAUCAUAAUUUACAAACUCUUCUGACUCUGAGAGAGAGAGAGAGAAUUAAAGAGAGAGAGAGAGAGAGGAUUUAAGAGUUAAGACGGAGGAUUUUAAUUUAAUUGGUAGUCGAUCUAUGCAAACGAAGCAAGAAUCGUCGAUCAAAUUGGGAGGAGUUGUUGAGUUGAAAUUGGAUGCUGCAGGUUCUGAUUAUGAGCUGGUUUGAUAAGCUACGGUGUUCGUCCAAUCUCAGCCGCUUCAUUGCCGGCCUUCUCAUCUUCAUGCUUUAUCAUUCCAACCAAUUAAUUUCUAAUUUCUUACUUCCUAUACACCCUUAAUUUCAUUCAUCUCAUACGCCAAGUUUUCAAUCUCUAUUCUCUGUUUUUGCGCUCUUAGCUGUUCAAAAACAAUCAUUCCGAUUCUUCCAAUUCAAACAACCUCGCCGUUUUUGGUCACGGAUAAUUUCAUGGAAAUCAAAGAUGAUGAUUCUGGCUCCUGUAAUUUCCUUGACGGCAUUUUACCACCCCGCUUAGGUUGGCCGCAUAGUUCAUCUCCAUCUGUAAUUGUGAUUGGUGGAGGUAUCUCAGGCAUAGCUGCUGCACGUUUCCUUCACAAUGCAUCUUUUAAGGUGCUCUUGUUGGAGUCACGGGAUAGACUUGGUGGCCGCAUACAUACCGACUACUCAUUUGGUUGCCCAGUUGAUAUGGGAGCAUCAUGGCUCCAUGGGGUGUGUGAUGAGAAUCCUUUGGCUCCACUGAUACGUCGAUUAGGGCUCACCCUAUAUCGCACUAGCGGUGAUAACUCAGUGCUGUAUGACCAUGAUUUAGAAAGUUUCAUGCUUUUUGACAUGGAUGGUCAUCAAGUUCCUCAAAAUACAGUUGUUCAAGUUGGAGAUGUAUUCAAGAAAAUCCUCAGCGAGACCGAGAAAGUGAGGAAUGAGCAUAGUCAUGACUUGUCGGUUCUUCAAGCAAUAUCUAUUGUACUGGACAGGCAUCCAGAGUUGAGGCAAGAAGGACUUUCCCAUGAGGUGUUGCAAUGGUACAUAUGCAGAAUGGAGGCAUGGUUUGCUGCAGAUGCAGACACGAUCUCUCUGAAAACCUGGGAUCAGGAACAAGUUCUCACUGGUGGUCAUGGACUUAUGGUGCAAGGUUACCACCCAGUCAUAAAGGCAUUAUCAAAAGACAUCAAUAUUCGUUUAAGUCACAGGGUCAAGAGGAUUACGAAUGGGUAUAACAAGGUGAUGGUUACAGUUGACGAUGGGAGGAAUUUUGUCGCGGAUGCUGCUAUUAUAACUGUGCCUCUAGGUGUUCUUAAAGCCAACUUGAUUGAGUUUGAACCAAAAUUACCAGAAUGGAAGCAAUCUGCAAUAGCAGAUCUUGGUGUAGGCAAUGAAAACAAGAUUGCAUUACGAUUUGAUAACGUAUUUUGGCCGAACGUGGAAUUGUUAGGUGUUGUUGCACCUACUUCAUAUGCUUGUGGUUAUUUUCUUAACCUCCACAAGGCAACAGGACAUCCGGUCCUUGUCUAUAUGGCUGCUGGAAGACUUGCUUGUGAUCUUGAGAAAUUAUCAGACGAAUCUGCUGCUGAGUUUGCAAUGCUGCAGCUGAAGAAGAUGUUUCCGGAUGCUACUAAGCCUGUAAGUAAUUUCUGCUCCUACACAAAGUGAGUUAUAACUCUAAGCUACUGACAUGCAUGAGAAAGGACUGGAUUUCUAAAGUGUUGCACCCAUGCUAAUUUAUUUUGGUCUAUAUUUGCUUUAAUUGGUGAGUGCACAUCUCAUUUUUGAUCAUUACAGUUUUGUAAUAGCUCAUUUACACUUCUUUAACCCAAGAAGGUAAAAAAUCAUAUGCAGAAGAGAGAAAUAUAAAAAUAGAAGGAUAAAUGAGGAAGCAGCUCCGUCAGCUGUCACUUUCAUUAAUUUCUUAUUCUGGUGAUGAAGUUUUUCUUUCUACACAGACUACAGAAGGGAAAGUGAUGCAUUUUCCCUUUUAUUGAUUACAACCAAACACCUGCAUCUGCUUAUCUAACACUCCUAUAAUAUAAACCUUGUUUAACUGAAAGAAACAGAUAGUAGUUGUGCUGGUAGUUAAUCA